GAUAACGGCGAUGACCGGUCCGAGAGCAUCCUUGCCGAGAACCACGUGGACGGCACCACGGGGAUCCUGAGCGGAGCCGGCGGGAGGAAGCCCAUGAAGACGGGCAUGAAGGAGCUGGCGGUUAUGAGGGAGAAGGUGAACGAGCAGCAGCGGCAGAUGGGCAAAGUCGGCAAGCCCCAUCACAACCACGAGGACUCCAAGAAGUCGCGGCUGUCGACGGGCAGGACCCCUUGUCAGCAGGAGCUGGAUCAGGUCCUGGAACGCAUCUCUACUAUGCGGCUGCCAGAUGAGCGAGGUCCCCUGGAGCACCUCUACUCCCUCCACAUCCCCAACUGCGACAAGCAUGGCUUGUACAAUCUCAAACAGUGCAAGAUGUCGGUGAACGGGCAGCGCGGCGAGUGCUGGUGUGUGGACCCCAUCCACGGGAAGGUGAUCCAAGGUGCGCCCACCAUCCGUGGGGACCCCGAGUGCCACCUCUUCUACACAGCCCACGAGCAAGAGGACCGGGGAGCACAUGCCCUGCGGAGCCAGUAGACGGAUGUGAUCCUGCUCGCUGGAGGCGGCUCGCCGUGGCCCCAGUGCUGGAUUUUACAUGGGUUUCAGCGUGACUCUUUAGGCUCUGGAAGAGACUGGGGUUGGGUCCUGCGUGCUGCCCUCCCCCUGCUGCCCGGUUCCUGGGGAGGGGAGGGAUGAUGGGAGGGAAAGGG